GAGCAAAGUGCAUAUAACACCGCCUUAGCUCAAACGCCAGCAAUUGAUCCAACAAAGAACACAACCGAUGCCCGAAACCAAGCCACCACGCCCCCGUUUCCCCCAUUGAACUAAAAGAACCACUACCCGCACUCUGCGGGGUACAGUCAACCUCCGGAACGACCCCAACAACCAGCAACCAUGGACGUCCGAAAGAAGAAGAGAAAGGUGCUGUUAAUGGGGAAGAGUGGCUCGGGAAAAUCCUCCAUGAGAUCAAUUAUUUUCAGCAACUACGUUGCCAAAGAUGUCCGCCGGCUAGGCGCCACAAUUGACGUGGAACACAGCCAUGUCAAGUUUAUGGGGAACCUGACCCUGAACCUGUGGGACUGCGGAGGUCAAGACGCCUUCAUGGAGACAUAUCUCGCCUCGCAACGGGGGAACAUCUUCUCGGACGUCGCGGUCCUGAUCUACGUCUUUGACAUCGAGUCCCGUGAGGUAGAACGAGACCUCGACACAUACCACGCGAUCAUUGGCGCCUUGAAAGAGUACAGCCCGAACGCUUACGUCUUCUGUCUCGUCCACAAGCUUGAUCUCAUCCAAGCUGAGCACCGCCAACGUAUCUAUGAAGAACGCUCCGCCCUCAUCCGCAGCCGCUCGGACAAUUUCUCCAUCGACACCUUCGGCAGCAGCAUUUGGGACCAAUCGCUCUACAAGGCCUGGGCCGGCAUCGUCCACCGUCUCAUUCCCAAUCUCAGCGUCAUCGAGCGCUUCCUACACGCCUUCGCCAAGCGUAUCGAUGCCGAGGAAGUUAUCCUCUUCGAGCGCUCGACUUUCCUAACCGUCACCUCCGUCGCCUCGGAAAUAGGCGACCUCAACCCGAUCUAUGAUCGCCACGAGCGACUCUCCAAUAUAAUGAAAGCGUUCAAGCAUUGUGCGGCCCGAAAUACCCAUACCACGCCCGCUUCAGCCGGAUUCGUCGUCAUGCAUACCAAGACGCCCCAGUUCAAUGUCUUUUUGGGUCGGUUCACCGAUAACACAUAUAUCUUCCUUGUCGUCCCGCCGGGUGAAGCAGCAUAUAACUGCGCUGUACUGAAUACAAUGUUGGCCAGGGAGGGAUUCUCAAAAGCAGCAGCGAUGGGUCACGGGGAUGGAUUCCCGCUUCCUGCGCCAGAAUCCCCGGACGGUGAAUUAGCCAACAAUUCUCAUGCAAAUGGUUAACUGUAGUAUCACCCAAC